AUGGCCCACGACCUCAAGCCGACGUCCUCGAAGGAGCAGGACGCGUUCGAGGAGCGCGACGAGCGCGCCGAGGAGGAGGCCAUCACCCUCACGCCCGACGAGCGCAAACGCCUCGAGCGCAAGCUCGUCCGUAAGAUUGACGCCCGCUUCUCGAUCCUCAUUGUCAUCUACAUCCUCAACUACAUCGACCGCAACAACGCCAGCGCCGCAAGGACCAAGGGCCUCGAGGAGGACCUGGGCCUCAAGGGCAAAGAAAUGGACACGCUUUUGAGCAUCCUCUACUUGGGCUACGUACUAAUGCAAAUUCCGAGCAAUAUGGGCAUCCAGUAUUGCGGCCGUCCUUCUAUCGUCAUACCGACGGCAGUGCUGCUGUGGGGAGCGGUGUCGACCGGCAUGGGCGCGACACACUCCUUCGGCCCGGCGCUCGCCUGCCGCUUCCUCCUCGGAUUCGUCGAAGCCGCCUUCUUUCCAGGCGCGUUGAUGACGCUCGCAGCCUGGUACCCGAAGCGGUCCCUCGGCAAGCGCUUCACCGGGCUCUACUGCGGAUCGCUAAUCUCGAACGCCCUAGGCCCGGUCCUCGCUGCCGGCAUUCUGGGUACGAUGGAAGGGAAGGGAGGUGUGAGGGCAUGGCGCUGGCUCUUCUACAUCGAGGGCUCCCUCACCAUGGCCGUUGCCGUCAUCGCCUUCUUCGUCCUCCCCGACUUCCCGCACAACACGCGUUGGGGCUUCAGCAAAGAGGAGAAGCAGCUCGCCGUGCAGCGCAUGACCGAGGACGUCGGCAUGAAAGACGACACGUCCAAGAUCAGCAACUGGGAGGCGCUCAAGCUCUCGCUCUGCGACUACAAGCUCUGGAUGAUGGCUCUCGCCCUCACCUCGGUCACCGUCGGCCUCUCGUUCAACCAGUUCUUCCCGCAAAUCACCAAAACCCUCGGCUACUCGAACACGGCGUCCCUCCUCCUCUGCGCACCUCCCUUCCUGUUCGCGGCCAUCUGUGCCUUCCUCGUGUCGGCGCACAGCGACAAGGUCGGCGAGAGGUACCUCCACAUCGUCGUCCCGUUCGGUAUCGGCAUCAUCGGAUUCAUCAUCGCGGCGACGACCUCGAGCUUCGGCCCUCGCUACUUUUCGCUCUUCUGCAUGGCCCAGAGCUACAGCGGCUUCGUCUGCCUCUUGGCGUGGAUCUCGUCAACGUUCAGCCGGCCAGCCAUGACCCGCAGCAUCAGUCUUGCCUUUGCGAACGCUCUGAGCCAACUUGGCAACAUCGCCGGCGCGUACUGCUUCGACAAGCGGUGGGGCCCGUCGUACACGCGAUCGUGGGCAAUCUGCAUCGCCACUUUCGCGUUCUCGAUCUUCGUCUGCACCCUGCACCGGCUCAACCUCGCGCGCCUCAACCGCAAGCUUGCGGCUCGCGACGAGGUCGAGGCGCACGGCAAGGAGCACGCCGCGGUCGACGCGCUGGACUACCCGGCCGGGUUCCGAUACAUGCUCUAGAGCGUCACGUGGCGAGCGUCGAGCGUACUCGCUUGCCAACUCGUCGCCUCGUCGUCCCCUCGUCUUCGUCCUCUCGUCCUCUCUUCCUUGUCCCCCUCUCUCUCGGUUCUCGUCUACUGCAAUAGUCUGUCUCUCGAGUUCUC